GGAGAAAGAGAGAAGGAGAGAGAGAGAGAGAGAGAGAGAGAGAGAGAUGCUAGAUAAAGCGGUGGGGCGGGGAGGGGGGCGGUCGGCACGCAGUGAUUGGAAAAUAUCGAAGACGCGCACGCGCUAAUCCGAUGAUGGGUCUCGGUUACCGGGGGAAGGAGGGAGGGAGGGGUCUGUAAAAAAAGAAAAAAAAAGAAAAAAAGAGGAGUAGGACCAGGGCGGGAGCAUCUUGCGCUCGCGCGCUGCGUCCCUUCCUCUUCCUCCCGAGCCUUUUGUGUUUGAAACUCUCAUAUCUCACAUAUCAAUAAUUCAAGCGCGCGCGAGAGAGAGAGAGCGCAGACGGAGCUCCCCCCCCCACACCUCCCCCCCACCACCACCGCGCGCUAUGAGUUGUGCUGCCUCGUCACUCGUCCAGGGCCCCUCCGCACCGCGCGCGACUCCCGCUUCUUCUUCUUGUGUUUCCAAGUGACAGAAAAAAGCUGCCGAGAAGUGAGAAAAGAAGAAGGAAAAAGAAGUGGUGAAAAACUGGCGACUCGAGAUCCGGGAUACGGCGGCAGUAAACUGAGAGAAAAAGGAGAGACGCCUAAAAAUAAACCGUCUGGUUUUUUCUUCCCCUCUCCAAGAGACUGCGCGAGGCACUGGGCUAAUUAAAUCCAAAGAAAACGGAGUGGCAUCUCUAGUUGUAAAGGUUCAUCUCAGGGGAAACACCGCGGGAAACUCUUUACUUUUUUUUCUCCAAGGGGGAAAUAGACCCGCAGGUUUUCAAAAAGGUGUGAAGACGACCGGAGAAGAAGUUCGUCGUCGUUCCGUUCCCGGUAUGUUGGCGUUUUGCCUGCUGAGUGCCGUGUGGCUCGCGGCGAGCAGCCCGGCCCGCGCUCAGAACGAGACGGAACCAAUCAUCCUGGAGGGGAAGUGUCUCGUGGUGUGUGACUCCAACCCCACCGCCGACCCCACCGGCACCGCGCUCGGGAUCUCGGUGCGCUCCGGCAGCGCCAAGGUGGCCUUCUCCGCGGUCCGGAACACCAACCACGAACCGUCCGAGAUGAGCAACCGGACCAUGGUCAUCUACUUCGACCGGGUUCUAGUAAACGUCGGGAAGAACUUCGACGAGGAGAGAAGUAACUUCAUCUCGCCGCGCAAAGGGAUUUACAGUUUUAACUUCCACGUAGUGAAAGUCUACAACCGCCAAACUAUACAGGUGAGCCUGAUGCACAACGGCUGGCCGGUGAUUUCAGCGUUUGCCGGCGACCAGGAUGUGACGCGUGAGGCGGCCAGUAAUGGUGUUCUGAUCCAGAUGGAGAAGGGAGACCGGGCCUACCUCAAGCUGGAGAGAGGAAACCUAAUGGGAGGAUGGAAAUACUCCACCUUCUCCGGCUUCCUGGUGUUCCCCAUGUAGAGAAAGGGGUAGAGGAAGAGGAGGAGGAGGAGCAGGGGGUGGAAACGGACGAGGAGGAGUCAGUGGAAGACGGGAAGUGUGAUGAAAAGGCAGACGGAGGAAGAAGAGGGGCGCGGGAAAGAGAAAAGGACGUGAAUGAGAUGGAAGAAAAAAGAAGAGGGAAAUGUGACAGACUCUGUUUGGGACGCUGCAGAGGGAGGAGGGAAGAGGAAGGAUGAGAGAUGUUAGAGAGUUGUAGUGGUAAAAUGAGAGAAGAAUUACGAAGCCAGUACGUGGAAGUGUAUGGCCAGCUUCUUCACUUCCCUUCCUCCUUUCAUCCAUCCUUUCAUCCAUCCUUUAUCCUCCCUCCGUUUUCUCUGUGGCUCGACUGCAGCUUUGGACAGCCAAAACUUUUUUUAUUCUCUGCUGAAAGACGCAAUUGAUCAUUUAUAUGUUCCAGAGUGUUCUAAAGCCCGAGUGUAACCCCCCCAAACCUCCCUUCCUCCACAUCCAUUCAAUCAUUCAUUCAUCUAUCUCUAUCAACAUAAGCUUUGACGAAUGUUUCUCCCCACAUCUCCCAUUUACUGUGGCCAUAUUUGUAGUGUUUUUUUUUUCCAUGAUUGACAUAAAUUGCACUGAUUUUGGAUCAGCCUCAACCCCAAAAAGCAAACUAGAAUUUUUAUAAGGGAAACUCUUAACUCUGAUCACAAAAUCGGGUGAUUCAUGUACAUUCCCUGUAAAGCUGUGUUUUAUAGUGAACAUAAUAGUAAUUACUGGCUUUUAAAAAAAAAAAACUCUUGUUGUUGUCUGGUGUGUACACAAUUCAAAAUUAAUACGCUACUAGCUAGUAGGGCUGGGACGAUACACCUAUCUCUCGAUUUGAUACCGUCACGAUACUUGGGCCCAGAUUUGAUAUGUAUUGUGAUUUAACAAGUAUUGCGAUUCCAUAUUACGAUUUAUUGCGAUUUUUGUUAACUUUUUUAACACUAGACCAUAAGAAAAAGUUAGAUCAUACACUUCUAGGGACAU